AUGUCUGACCACAACGUAACCCUCGACUCGCUUCCGUAUAUUGAUAAGGAGUACGACGACGCGGACACACGCGCGCACGUGCUCUCGCUAAUCCAAACCGAGAUGGCGCAAAUGACACCGCCACUGCUUCCCAAAAGCACACCCAUCUUCAAAACCAACCCGCUCCUUCUUAAAGAAUACGAGCGAAUUCGCGACGGUCGAACAGCACCCGCGUUUGACACGCAACGGUACAAGCUCGAGGUACCUAAUAAUGUCAAUAAUGUGGAGGAGUGGCGCCUGGCAGCGGAUAAUGCUAGUGCACAGCUGGAGCACCAAAACAUGCGUAUGGUUAAUUUGGAACUUUUGGAGCAGUUUGGAGCAAAUUUGUGGAAGCUAGGCAAUUACCAGAGAGAGGCGCUUUUGGCCCAGGUAGAGAGGGCUACAGAGAGGUAUAGGGAGGAGGCCGUGGGGUUGAAUAGGGAGCGGAGGAAAGCCCAGGUGGAUGCGGGUGAGACGCUUAGGGGGUUGGGGGAGAGGUGGUCGGAGGGCGUGCGCCAGUGUAUUGAGAUUCAGGCGGCGAAUGCUCAGCUACGUGCAGAGAUCCAUGAACUGGAGAAGAAGCAGAGUUAG